AUGGGGGACAGGCCAACCCCGGUCCCGCUGCCCAACUCGGAGCAGUUCUACCUGGAAAACGACCGGGGUGAACCGUAUCUGAUCCAAGUAUCUUGGCCACUGCACUGGGAGGAUAAACAGACUGGUCGCGGGCCCCUUCCGAUCAUCUACAUUGUUGACGGGAAUGCAUUGUUCCUGACUGCGACCGAGGCUGCGUGGCGCCGUGCGGCCGCCUCACAUUUCGCUGGCGGGGGCAUCAUUGUCGCUAUUGGAUACCCCUUAAAGGGAAAGCUCUAUGAUGCCCGACGGCGCAGCUUCGAUCUGACGCCCCCCACGGCGUGCGCACCCGUGGGGUAUGGGGGAGCAGAUGUGUUCCUGGACUUCAUUGAGAAUUCUGUUCGACCUGCGGUGCAGGCUCGAUUCCCACAGGUGUCGCUCGCCAGAGAAGCGCUUUAUGGCCAUUCCUAUGGGGGCUUGCUCGCCCUCCAUGCAUUAUUCACCCGGCCGCAGUCCUUCGAUUGCUACAUCGCGAGCAGCCCCUCCAUCUGGUGGAAUAGCUUAUGUAUCUUGCACGAGGCAAAGGCCUUUGUGGAAACCAAGAAGGUUUCACAUGACCAGUCCCCGUCGUUGAUGGUCUCCUGGGGUUCCUGGGAGCAACAUCCCCCGCGGUGGGCGGACGAGCUGCUUGAUCACUACGAGGCGAGAAAACGAACCGCAGCGGAGUUGAGAAUGGCCGACAAUGCUCUGGAUCUGUGUGCGAUGCUGCACGGGUGCAGCCGGCUACACGCCCUGAUCAAAACCGAGUAUGAGGGGGAAGACCACACAAGCGUGAUGUCGUGCUCGGUGAGUCGCGGCCUGACCAUGUUCUUUGAGGACUGGCCAUUCCACCAGUCGGGGUGA